AAGCACUCGGCGGCUGUAGACUUGUCAUAGCAUUGCUCAGUCUGGUUUGUGAAAAACCUUUUGGUGGUGCAUUUCUCUCUCUCUCUCUCUGCAAGAAUGAAAGUGGUUGGUGGUGGUGCCUGCUCCCUCAAGCGACAGGGAUGCAACGAGGACGUGGUGAGAUGCCUUUCCGAGCAAAGCAUCGCAAUCGCCAAGUGUAAGAUGCCCCCUUUGCUGGACGAGCAGAUGACCAUGUUCCUGUACGACAUGAACGGCUGCUACAGCAAACUGAAAGAGCUGGUGCCCACUCUCCCCCAGAACAAGAAAGUCAGCAAAGUGGAGAUCCUGCAGCAUGUCAUCGACUAUAUCUGGGAUUUGCAGUUGGAAUUAGAUGGCCAGUCGAACAUUGCUUCCGGGAACACUGCCCCAUCCCGAACCCCACUCAACGCCGAUGUGGCUGUCAUCUCAGCAGAGGCACCAUGUGUGAGCAGUGAUGACCGCAUUUUGUGUCGCUGAGUGUCAAACAGACUUGCAGUAUUCAGAUGCCAAGUACAAAAAUGAUCGGGCUAUGGACAAUGCUGUAUACGUCCGCGGUCCCUGGCAAGGGAAUAAAAGCGGAGAAACAGCGAGGAAAACACUACUCCAUCGUGUUUUGGAACUCGCGUUUCAUAGACUGUCAUAAAAGGGGGCACAGACUUGCACGGGGCCAGCUCUCCAGGACUCUGGGAACCCGUUUGAUUAUUGUUAGUCUCCAUCCCAUCCAGGUGACUCGGAAGCCAGGAGAAGGGAAAAAUCGGACUUAGUUGCUCCUAGUGUCACGCCUAGCAAAAGAGUAUUAAGUGCAGUUAACACACGCCAUUCCUCUGUGUGUGCGGUCGCUUCUGUCGCCGCCAAGCUGUUAAAUGAGACAUUCGUUGGGAAUCUAGAAUUGCCAGAUAUUAUGUAACAUCCUUAGAGAUCUAUGGGUGAUUCAUUUGUAAAUUUUAUACUUUGUAAGUGUAUUCAAAUGUUUACAACAAUGUUGUACUAAAUUAAUAUUUUUUUAAGUGAAUCUUUUUUUGAAGUAUGUCUUAAGUACUGAAAUAAAACAAGUGAAAUGAUA